AUGGUAGCUACGCGCAAGUCUGUGUCUGCUGUGCCUGCACCAGCGUCAGCUCUUGCACAGUUAGAGCAAGAACACGAGCUCAAAAUCAUUGCCAUUACAGAGCCUCUCAAGCCAAAGGAUGUUCUUCAGUCCUCGAACAAGCGUAACUCAGGCGCCUCAGUCGACGAGGAUGAUCAGAACUUUGACACACAUCCGGCAUCUCUGGAAGCAGACCUGAAGCACUACAAGGAGCUCUUCAGUAAGCUACGCUUCUCCUAUGUAGAACAAGUUACGAAAGAGAAAUUUUUAAAGAACCUCACGGAAGAUCCGCCGCGACUCGUUGAGGCCGCGGAGAACAUCGAGAAGGAGAAGAAGGUUCUCGCAUUGAAAGCGAGCUUGAAGGAACGCAAACACGAGGUCGCCGAGAUACUGAGGCAGCUAGAGGGAAAGGGCAAAGAGCUUGCAUUACGUUAUGAUGCAGUGCAACUGAAACGACAGCAACUUGAGAGCUUGCCCGCGAAGAUUGAGGGUUUGGAAGCGAGCCUUGGGCAGUUGAAGGAGGACCAGACGCCCACUUCGAGCAACCCUGAGCUCGGCCUGCCGCUGCCAGAGACAUUACGGCUGCUUAAUGAGCGGGAGGCAGAACUGGCUGCGCUGAAUGCACAAAUCGCGCAGCUGCAAUCUUCUCUACCGAACCGAGCAAAGGAGCUGGAGAAGUUGGAGCGUGAGCUUAACCCGCUCGAGACACAGAAGCAAGGCACAGUUGCAGCAGCUAGGGAGGCAAGGCGAAGAAAAGAGGAGGGCGGCGGUAUCGGCGAUGAACUCGAGGAGAAGGGUCGAUGGCUCACAGCAUCUGAGAAAGCGCUCCGGGAGAUGCUGGAGGUGGAGAAUUGA